AUGGAGGAGGGGGAGAUGGAGGACUUUCUGUCCCCUAAGUGGGUCUUCAGGACUGACCUGGAGAAGUUAUCAAAACUGGGCCACCGUGCUAGAGGGCUUCACACCUGGCAGGUGGUUUUGGGCUGCAAGAUCUCACAAGACGGGAGCAAAGAAGGGUUUUUGCACUAUGGCUACGAUGGGAUGGACUUCAUCAGCUUCGACAAGGAGACCCUCAGAUGGGUGGCAGCUCAGCCCCAGGCCCAGAAGCUCAAGCAGAAGUGGGAGGAUGACUCAGGAUGGUCUGAGGGAAACAAAGACUUCCUGGAGGAGCCCUGCAUUGAGUGGCUGCAGAGAUACCUGUCCUACAGGAAGGAGGCUCUGCAGAGGAUCGAGCCCCCAGUGGGGAAGGUGACCCACAAGGAGGUGGAUGACCACCUGGAGGUCCUCAUCUGCCAGGCCUUUGGCUUCUACCCCAAGGAGAUCCAGGCCACCUGGACCAGGGAUGGAGAGAUCUGCGAGUAUGAAACCCUCCCUAGGAACGUGGCCCCCAACUCGGAUGGGACCUAUUAUGUCUGGCUCAGCAUUGAGAUCGACCCGAAGGAGAGGGACCGUUUUCGGUGUCGCCUGGAGCACCAGGGCUUGCAGGAGCCCCUGAUCUUGGCCUGGAAGGAGGAAACAGGUGAGAGGCUCAUGGGAUUGUGA